GCGUGAUGGCCGUUUGGUGGAGGUUGCUCCUCGUCAUCUUAGCUGCAAUUGAGGUAUCAUCAAAUUAAUCAAGAAACCUGUCUGUAGUCUUUCCUCUAUGGUGCAAUGGAUGCGCGUUGAAAUUAAAUUUCUUCGUCUUUAAUUAGCAUGCGUACCGGUUGCCGAAACAUAUUAUCAACCGAGCCAGAAUACAUUGCCCUGGGGUACUUCAAAAAGUCUCAAAAACUGCUGGACGCACUUAUCCAUCAUGACUACCAGGACACGGUGCAGGAAAUUGCAAGAACUAAUCGAGAUUAUCAGGAUACAAUACAAGAACUUGCAAGAGCUAAUCGAGAUUAUCCGGAUCUUGCCCGGGGGUUUAACAGAAAAGUUUCGAAGGCGUUAGAUGAAGAAAUUAGCCAAGAAUACGAACACAGCAUGGAUUCAUUCAGUCCCAUGAUAGGGAAGCGGCGCGUGCGCUCUCAAAAGAUGCGCCGCGAAAAGCUAAACCUUCAGGGAGUGCGAAGCCACCGUGCGCAUUCUCUUGACGCGGGACGUCGUCGGAGACUACAGCCCGAACCAACCUCAAACGGAUAUUAGGGUUAUUCUUUUAGGUCUUAAGAGCAAAAUUUAUAUAAAUUAAU